CCCUCGGGGGCGUGGCGCGUGGGCGGCGCCAAAUUCAAAUCCGUGGCCAUCUUGGCGGGAGGAUCCUAGCGGCCACGGCGGUCGCGAAUCCGCGCGGAGGUCGCCAUGGCCCCGGGCUGCAAAGCUGAGUUACGAAAUGGGACAAAUUCUCAUUCCACCCAGCCAAGUAAUGAAGGUGAUGCCAUCAAAGUUUUUGUGAGAAUUCGUCCUCCUGCAGAAGGCCCAGGACCUUCAGAUGGAGAGCACAGCUUAUGCCUGUCUGUGCUCUCCCCAACUACGCUCCGGCUGCACUCCAACCCAGACCCCAAGACCUUUGUGUUUGAUUAUGUUGCAGGCAUGGAUGCCACUCAGGAGUCUGUGUUCUCAACAGUGGCCAAAAGCAUUGUGGCGUCUUGCAUGAGCGGUUAUAAUGGGACCAUCUUUGCAUACGGGCAGACUGGCUCAGGGAAGACAUUUACUAUGAUGGGACCAUCAGACUCUGAUAAUUUUUCGCAUAAUCUGAGAGGAGUAAUCCCACGAAGUUUUGAAUAUUUGUUUUCCUUAAUUGAUCGUGAAAAAGAAAAGGCUGGCACUGGGAAGACGUUCCUGUGUAAGUGCUCCUUUAUUGAGGUCUACAAUGAGCAGAUCUAUGACCUGCUGGACUCGGCCUCAGCUGGACUGUACUUGAGGGAGCACAUAAAGAAGGGCGUCUUUGUGGUCGGUGCCGUGGAGCAGGUGGUGACCUCGGCUGCUGAGGCCUAUCAGGUCUUAUCUAGAGGAUGGAGGAACAGGCGUGUAGCGUCGACAUCCAUGAACAGAGAAUCCUCUAGGUCUCAUGCAGUCUUUACAAUCACAAUAGAAUCAAUGGAGAAAAGCAGUGAAACUGUGAACAUUCGGACCUCCCUCCUCAACCUGGUGGACUUAGCAGGGUCUGAGAGACAGAAAGAUACCCAUGCAGAAGGGAUGAGGUUGAAGGAGGCAGGUAACAUAAACCGAUCGCUGAGCUGCCUGGGCCAGGUCAUCACUGCACUUGUUGACGUGGGCAAUGGAAAACAGAGGCAUGUCUGCUACAGAGACUCCAAACUUACCUUCUUACUUCGGGAUUCGCUUGGUGGUAAUGCCAAAACAUCCAUAAUUGCAAAUGUUCAUCCAGGAUCCAGGUGUUUUGGGGAAACACUGUCAACACUUAAUUUUGCUCAAAGGGCCAAGCUGAUUAAAAACAAGGCUGUGGUGAAUGAAGACACCCAAGGAAAUGUCAGCCAGCUGCAAGCUGAAGUGAAGAGGCUCAAGGAACAGCUUUCUCAGUUUACUGCUGGGCAGAUCAUACCAGAAAGCUUAUUGACCAGAGACAAAGAGAAGACUAACUACAUAGAACAUUUCCUGGAAGCAAUGCUGUUCUUUAAGAAAUCUGAGCAGGAAAAGAAGUCUCUGGCAGAAAAAAUUACCCAACUAGAAGACCUCACCCUCAAAAAGGAAAAGUUUAUUCAGUCUAAUAAAAUGAUCGUGAAGUUCCGCGAGGACCAGAUAAUGCGUCUGGAGAGGCUGCAGAAGGAGGCCCGGGGGCGCUUCCUGCCUGAGGAGCAGGACCGUCUGUUGUCGGAGCUGCGGGACGAGAUCCAGACUCUGCGAGAACAAGUGGAGCACCACCCCAGAGUUGCAAAGUAUGCUAUGGAAAAUCAUUCCCUCAGGGAAGAGAAUAGAAGACUGAAAUUAUUAGAGCCUGUGAAAAGAGCCCACGAAAUAGAUGCCCAGUCUAUUGCAAGACUAGAAAAGGCUUUUUCUGAAGUGUCUAGCAAAGAGAAAAAUGACAAAGCAGGUCUGCAAGGAUUUUCUCCCAAAGCACUGAAAGAACCAACUUUCUUCGUAAACACGGAGAAGUUAAAAGCACAGCUCCUGCAAAUUCAGACAGAGCUAAAUAACUCAAAGCAAGAAUAUGAAGAGUUCAAAGAGCUAACCCGGAAAAAGCAGGUGGAACUGGAAUCUGAGCUUCAGUCUUUACAAAAAGCAAACCUCAAUCUUGAAAACCUUUUGGAAGCAACGAAAGCCUGCAAGCGCCAGGAAGUUUCCCAGUUGAAUAGAAUUCAUGCUGAAACACUUAAGACAAUUACCACUCCAACGAAGGCUUAUUCACACUAUUCAAAAUUGGCCACAAAAUCAAGCCCUGAGGUGGGGAACUUCGGCUUCCUGUGCACACAGAACUCCAGCAGUUCAGACAACGAUAUAUUAAAUGAGCCAGUGCCGCCUGAGAUGAGUGAACAAGCUUUGGAGGCCAUUUCUGAGGAGCUUCGGACUGCGCAGGAGCAGCUGAGCGCUCUUCAAGUCAAGCUGGACGAAGAAGAGCAUAAAAACCUGAAGCUUCAGCAGACUGUUGACAAACUGGAGCACCACUCUACACAAAUGCAGGAGCUCUUUUCAUCAGAAAGAAGUGAUUGGACCAAACAGCAACAAGACUAUCUUACACAAUUGAAUGACCUUGAAAAACAGCUUCAGGAUACCCACACUAAGAACGACUUUUUGAAAUGUGAGGUCCAUGACCUACGAAUCGUUCUUCACUCCGCUGACAAAGAACUUUCCGUGGUGAAACUGGAGUAUAGCACGUUCAAAGAGAGUCAAGAGAAAGAACUAAACCAGCUUUCUGAAAGACACGUGCAGGUUCAGCUUCAGCUGGAUAACACCAGAUUAGAAAAUGAAAAACUUCUCAAGAGCCAAGCCUGCCUACAGGAUUCCUAUGAUAACUUACAAGAAGUAAUGAAAUUUGAAAUUGACCAACUUUCCAAAAAACUCCAAAGCUGCAAACAAGAAAAUGAAACUUUGAAGUCUGAUCUGCAUAAUUUGAUGGAGCUUUUUGAUGCAGAAAAAGAACGCAACAACAAAUUAUCAUUACAGUUUGAAGAAGAUAAAGAAAAUAGCUCUAAAGAAAUCUUAAAAGUUCUAGAGACUGUGCGUCAGGAGAAACAGAAAGAGAUGGCCAAAUGUGAGCAGCAGAUGGCAAAAGUACAGAAACUGGAGGAAAGCUUGCUUGCUACUGAAAACGUGAUCAGUUCUCUGGAAAAGUCUAGAGAUUCGGACAAGGAACUUGUCACUAAUCUCAUGAACCAAAUCCAGGAGUUAAGAACAUCAGUUGGUGAGAAAGCAGAAACCAUAGACACCCUGAGACAAGAACUGCAAGACAUCAAUUGCAAAUACAAUGUUGCUGUGGCUGACAAAGAAGAGAGCAAAGAGCUGAUCAGGAGACAGGAAGUGGAUAUCCUGGAACUAAAAGAAACUCUCAGGCUGAGAAUCCUCUCAGAGGAUAUUGAGAAGGACAUGCUGUGUGAAGAUCUGGCCCAUGCCACUGAGCAGCUGAACACACUCACAGAGGCCUCCAAAAAGCACUCUGGGCUACUGCAGUCUGCCCAGGAAGAGCUGACCAAGAAGGAGGCGUUGAUCCAGGAGCUUCAGCACAAGUUAAACCAAGAGAAAGAAGAAGUAGAGCAGAAGAAGAAUGAAUAUAACUUCAAAAUGAGACAGCUGGAGCAUGUGAUGGAUUCUGCUACCGAGUAUCCACAGAGUCCCAAAACACCACCUCCUUUUCAACCUCAUUUGGCCAAACUCUUGGAAACACAAGAACAAGAGAUAGAAGAUGGACGGGCCUCUAAGAAUUUUUUGCAGCACCUUGUUACAAAACUAAAUGAAGAAAGAGAAGUCAAAAAUGCUGAAAUCCUCAGAAUGAAGGAUCAGCUGUGUGAAAUGGAGAAUCUGCGCCUGGAGUCUCAGCAAUUAAGAGAGAAAAACUGGCUCCUGCAAAGUCAGCUGGAUGAUGUUAAAAGGCAGAAAGACAGUGGUCAGAGCCAUCCAGACAGUCAACCGCUGAAGAACGAACAUGAAGAGGAGAUGGUCAAAGAAAGACUUGCUAAAAAUAAACUUAUUGAAGAAAUGCUGAAGAUGAGAACAGAGCUAGAAGAAGUCCAGAGUGUUCUUCAGAGUAAGGAAAAGGUCUGCCGCAGGAUGGGUGAGGAGAUCGAGAGAACCAGAACUCUGGAGUCGAGAGCAUUUCAGGAAAAGGAGCAGCUGCGGUCAAAGCUGGAAGAAAUGUACGAAGAAAGAGAGAGGACUUUCCAGGAAAUGGAGAUGCUGAGAAAGCAACUCGAGUAUCUUGCUGAGGAGAACGGAAAAUUGAUAGGUCAUCGAAACCUACAUCAGAAGAUCCAGUAUGUAGUGCGUCUCAAGAAGGAAAACGUCAGGCUUGCUGAGGAGACAGAAAAGUUGCGUGCUGAAAAUGUAUUUUUGAAAGAAAAGAAAAAGAAUGAGUUCUAAAGCUCCUAGGCAGCUCCCUAGACCUCACGUUGUCUAGAUUGGUUCUUUAAAGUGAGAUUGCACUUGCCCAAGGAAUAGAGACAAACUAAGAGACCUUCAUUAUAAACCAUGGUGUGCAGUGACCCUCAGUAUUCUAUGGAUGUUCUGCAUGCAACAGCAGACUGUUAAGUGGCUAACAAUGCACUUGCAGGCUUAAGGUCACUUGUAAGUUCUGGGAGAACCUUUAAAAUAAAAACCUACAGCUGAGGUCUCUGGUGAAUGUUGGCUAAGUUCUUUUCUCCUUAGAUUCACCUUUGAUAAACUUGAUGUGAAUUUGAUGGCUGACUGUUUUGUAGCAAACUUGUUCCUAUACGUUUGUUUGUUUGUUUGUUUUUUAUAACUAUUGUCAUGAGCAUUUUAUACAUGUCUAAUUUUUUAUACAGUCAAAUAAAUUUUUUCAGAAACGGG